AUGCAGUUGAACGCCAUACUUACUCCGCAGUGCGAUGCACGUUCACUUACUAAUGCUGGUCAUCGUAAGAGCAGCCGCCAUUCGAAACAAAAACUGUUUGGAAGAAAAAGUGGUGAUCCGGUAACGAUUGAAGCUGAUCAUACUCAUACUCCCAUAUUCUCGAAGAAGCCUCGUCGUUUUACUGACGGUAAAGAAAUUCGCAACGACAAUGAAAUUGGUUCAGUUACAAACUGCCCUGAAGAAGAAAAUGUUGGAGAGCUCUGUUAUGGAUGUGUAGAGAACACCUACACUCAGUUGAAGUCCAACUCACAGGAUAAAAAGUUGUUUUCCGAGAGUUCAAAUGUCAUUGCGUCUGUCACUGGAACAUCUGUCAAUUUUGGAAAAUCUGGAACUCUCAGUUCAAAAGAAGAACAGGGUCCUGGUGGAAUAUCAUUUAACCUUAAGCCUCCUGGGAUUAGUGAUGAGAGAGAUUUGAAAUCACCAACGAGAAGAACAAUCCAACAAAGGAAGGCGGACAAUUUUGUUUCUGUCGCAAAACCUAUUGGGAACACUCUCAACGAUAUGUCUACCACAUCAAAGGGAAUGACUCCUACUAGAUCAGCUGCUGGGAAGGUGUCCUAUACUCCUCGUCGUGGUGCUGUCGGUGCUUUCGUGGAUACUAGCAAGCUGACCGAUCGUGAAUUUGAACUAGCCGUCGCUAACGGAUUGAUUAAAGCAAGGAGCUUGAGGGCAGCAGCGACAUCGGUUGGCCAAAACCUUCAUUCUACAAUAAUGUGGUCUAUUUCGCUAUGGCACUCUGGAUUGGGAGGCUCCCAAAUCCAUUGACAGUUGCGCACCAUGCUCGUUCCCUUCAAAUCCGUUGGUUCCAAUGUGACGUUCUUCAAACGUUCUUCUGGGUUCAAUCUUGGCGUUGAAAUCUCCAAUGAUGACCUUAAAGAACGUACGGUCUUCUCUGUAGAACUUCUCCAAAUGUCCGAUACGGGUUUGAAGGUGUUCGAAUUAAUCAAUGUAUCACCCAAGCUCGUGCUAAAGAACGCCAGUGCCACCAACUCCUCUAUUGUCGCAUGUUCCGAGGAGGAGUUCUUCUCCGAUGUCAUAGACCGUAUGGUUACAAAGAAGAAAGCGAAGAAGAACGCUGCCUUCAAGAAAGUAAAGUUAAAGGUGGGAAAGAAGCUAAAGAAGACCUCGACUACCGACACAACUAUUAAAACGAAAAAAGUCGUACUGCUUUCUCAACUUCAAGAAAAGAAUGGUACAUCUGAGAGACCACUAUCUUAUCGUGGCUUGUCUUUGGAUGACUUGUGUAAGCAGCUUGGACAUUUCAGUAAGAGUGUUCGAAACGGUGCACUAGUUGGUACGAAACAGCUUUUGACGUCGCGUCCGGAUUUGGUCGAAAGCCAUCUUCGAGUAUUAGUUCCUUCCGUAGCGCGCCUUAUACCUCACUGUGGGAGUGAUCCUGCAUUGUCUGGGCAACUUCUAGCUCUCAUUCGUGUGAUCUGCAAUGCGUCACCACACUCCAUGACUGCACACUUCACACUCUUUGUUGCUCAUCUCCUUCAUGCACUCACUCAUAAUGAAGCCAGGGUUCGCAGCUUUUCAUUGUCCGUCAUCGCGUUAGUACUAUGUACAUAUCCAGAUUUGUGCAGUAAAAACGCUGAUCUCUUCACAGCAUUUGUCAAGUUUUUGGGCGGCUCCCAUAAGCCUAGAUGGAAUUCUCCUGGUUUUUUGGAAACGAUUGUUUCGUUCAUUAAGGCGUACACAGCCGAUAGAUCAAAUCGAAAAGAUGUUUGUACGGAGAUCCAACUAAGUAUGGACACUGGUGAAGUCUCAGCGGGUGUGAACCUUUUGAGGACAUUCUCAAAGUCAAAUCCAUUCGACUUUCCUGUGAUUACCUCAUCUAUCUCUACUACUGUUUCUCCCUUAGAAGUUCCUGAAUCGUUGCUGAGUUUGAGUGAAGCCUGUGCACCAAUUCUUGAUGUCGUUUCGUCGUAA